CCGGCCGGCCCGCGGGCCGUGAGGGCGACAUUGGUGGCGUCGUCCUCUGCCCCCUUCUCCGGGGGCAAGAUGUCCGGACUCAGCCACUUAGAGUCGGAGGGCUGCCGAAACCUACUCAGCAUGCUGGACAAUGACGAGAUCAUGGCCCUUUGCGACACCGUCACCAACCGCCUGGUGCAGCCUGUGGACCGCCAAGAUGCUAUUCGUGCAAUAUUAGUAUAUAGCCAAAAUGUAGAAGAACUUCUGAGGCGCAAGAAAGUCCACCGAGAAGUCAUAUUUAAGUAUUUGGCAACACAAGGAGUGGUUGUACCUCCAACUACUGAAAAACACAAUCUUAUUCAGUAUGCAAAAGAUUACUGGGAAAAACAGUCACCCAAACUGAAGGAGGCAGCAGAGCCAGUUACAAAGACAGAGGACAUCCAACUCUUUGAGCAGCAGGCGAAGGAAGAUAAAGAAGCUGAAAAGGUUGAUUUUCGUCGCUUAGGAGAAGAAUUCUGUCACUGGUUCUUUGAACUUCUUAAUUCUCAGAAUCCUUUUAUGGGACCACCUCAAGAUGAAUGGGGCCCACAGCACUUCUGGCAUGAUGUCAAGCUUAGGUUUUAUUAUAAUACCUCAGAACAAAACAUGACAGACUACCAAGGAGCAGAAAUUGUGAGUCUUCGCUUACUGUCAUUAGUGAAAGAGGAAUUUCUUUUUCUCAGUCCCAACCUUGAUUCUCAAGGACUAAAAUGUGCAUCUUCUCCUCAUGGAUUAGUUAUGGUUGGAGUUGCAGGCACUGUCCACCGAGGAAAUUCUUGUUUGGGCAUAUUUGAACAAAUUUUUGGACUUAUCCGUAGCCCUUUUGUGGAAAAUACUUGGAAAAUCAAAUUUAUCAACCUGAGAAUCAUUGGAGGAAGUUCCCUUGCUCCUGGAUCAUCACUGAAACCAUCUGUAACAUUUGAGCAGAGUGAUCUGGAGGCCUUUUAUAAUGUAAUCACUUUGUGUAAUAGCCCUGAAGAAAGACCUAAUGUAAGGCAGAUAUUGGAUAGUGGGACUGGAGACCAGGUUUUACAUAGUAGUGAUGAGGCGUUGUUGAACAAAAGGGAAAUGAAUCUGCCUAACCCUCUAAAGCAUUGAGCACGGUCCCUCAGCCCGAAGAGCUGCAGAAACACAACAGUGACCAUCUCUAAGCCACUGCAGAUGUGAGAAUUGACUUAUUUUAGCUGAAAUACCUUUUUGGACUACAGACUAAUGUGAAUACUUGCCUAUUUCUACCUGAGUUACAGCAAAUGUUCUGAGAACUUAUUGCGGUCCACCAAAUAAAUCCCACUUUAGAUGUUGUAGAUACCUGUGUGCCUUAGAAACUUUAGGUAAUAUUUUCAUUUUAUUUAGUGACUAGCCUACUAAUCUCUGUGCUUCCAAGUAGCAGGCAUUAAUAUUAUUCAUGUUUAUGGCUUAUUGGAUCUCUUACCAAUGCAUUUCACUAAAGUGUUGUCAAAAGAAAACAGCAUUUUAACGAUGUUUAAUAUAAGAAGUUUUAAUUAUAUAAGAUAAAGUUCAAAAAGUCCAAUAACUUAGCCUGGGAAGAAAAACUCAGCUUCCCAUUUGAAACUUCUUUUUCAGGUUACCUUUUCUAGUCCAAGCAAACAUCUCAAAAUCUGCUACUUUUCUGAUUCAGUCCAGGCAGUAAAUGCUGUUGUCAACACAGACCUUUUUACUGCUUAGGCUUCAGCCAAAAAUUUACAGAAUGUUUACUAUAACACUUUAAAGAUGGAAGGUAUGUGUGGAAAUUUUAAAGGUAUGUGCAAUCCCUAACAAAUUGCUGUUCUUCUUCCUGAUUGAUCUUGACAGAGGUUGACUCUCCUCAAAAUAACAAAUCAUAGACUUGUGCAAAUAAAAACAAACAAAUAGUAACAACCCAUUUGGAAUUUAUAACAUGGGUAUGCACAUAUGCACACAUCUAUCCUAACAAAGUUUUCCACCUCUGUGUUACUCGAUUUGAGAGCCAAAGUAGUCUUGACGUGUUAAUUGUGUAGUUGCUUUUAUGUUUAUAUCGCUCAUCACCCAGUAACUAGUUGCUGAUCCUGGAUUUGGUUAGGAAUUUUAAUUUUUAAAUUAUCAUUUGGAAGAAAUUCUGGAAAAUGUGAUGAUGUAUUAUACUUGUUAAACGUUUGCAUUUGACUCUGAUAACUGGGGAGACUGAUGGUGGUUUCUGGAAGUAAGAGGUAAAGAUUUCACCACCACCCCACCUUUGAUUUUAGUGGCAUGCCUCUAUAAAGAGCACAAAUCAGCAUGUUGUAGCAUAAUAAAGAAGGGAAAUUCUUAAUUGUCUAUUUAGAUUCAGCCCCCAGUUCUUCAGGAGAGCUGGAGGCAAUUUAACCACAGCCAAGCCGAUUUUCCUGUUAUUUUCUAUAUAGUAAGUAUAAUUAGGUAUAAAGGAACAGUAAUCUGCAAAACAGUUAUCAUGUUUAUAAGACAAAACAACCAGAUCACAUUCUUACCCACCCUCUACCUCUACUUGGGUUUUGAAAAUUCCAUUUGAUUUUAUACUUCAGCUUUUCUUUUUUUUAAAAUUUUUUUCCAGACAGUUUCUUUGUGUAGCCCUUGUUAUUCUAGAACUUGAUCUGUAGAACCAGGCUGGCCACAAACUCACAGAGAUCUGCCUUCUGAGCACUGGUAUUAAAGGUAUGCUUCACACCUGGUUAUACUUUCUUAGGUUUCAAGUCUCAAUAUAAAUACCCUGAGUAAAGCAGAAGAUUAAACAUGA